AUAUUUACUGUUGACCUCUACUGUAUUUACUAUUGACCUCUACCAUAUUUACUGUCAACCGGAGAGUCACACUGUAGAAUUAAGUAUUCUAGCAAGUUCCAAUAGUUUAUAGAAGUAGCUAAUUCGGGAUCUGGAGAUCAUCUGCAUAGACUGGGAAAUCGACAGAGAUAAAUGGUGAAAGUAAUGGGCUCAGUGGGAACUAAAACACAUGCCUUCUUUCAAUUAUAAAACAAAUGCAGCAAUAGCCACCUGUUUGAUGUAGGAAUACAAGAAGUGGAAUCAAAUCUAUGAUAAUCUCAAUAGACGUGAGUUGAUCUAGACGCCAUUGGGACGGGAAUUUAUUAAUUUAUCACUAUCCGCAGAGAGCAGUGAAACAUAGAAUAAUUAAACGCUCAAUUGAACUUUGAGAAUUCACCCGUGAAGAAACAUAGGUGAACAAGUUGGAUUUAUAGAAUAAAUAGAAGUCAAUUUGUAAUAAGACAUAUUACGCAAUGUUGCCAUGUGGAUAAAAACGAUGAUAAACAUUGUUGAUAGAGAGUUACAUUGCCUGUGUUUUGGCUUUGGAAUAGGAAGUGAUUGAUGUCUAGAUUGUUUGGAAGUAGAGUGAAAAAUUAGCGCUAUUUGAGAAAAAUGAUAAAUAAGUAACAUUCAUCGCCAAGGUAACUAUAAAAGUUUUGUAUACAAUUACUUGGAAUUAACUACUGAAAUUCAGAUGAAUGUUAAAAAUUGAGACCACAAUUAAAUUGACUGAUUGUGAGCCUUUAUUGAAUGGACGUUUCUGUACGUAUGGACUGUUCACAGCACAUACAAAUGCCUUAUCUCAAAGUUUAAACAAUAAGCGAUGCUUGGUGAAUAUUAAAAAAGAGAUGUAUACCAUAUUGCGAAUUGUAUAGAAAUACUAAUUAGUGAUAUGAACAUAUGAAAUAGGAACUCAGUGAUAUAUAGUUAGAAUAGAAGCAUUAGAGACAUAUAGCAGCUGAACUUACAUAGUCCUGUUAGUUGUUCAGAGAUUCAGGCUAAACAUAUGGAAACUUAAAAAAGAAAACAGCUUGUAAACCAGCAGAUAUACAUUUAUAGAUCAAGGGCUGUCCUUUGAUGAUGGAGAAAUAAAUCGAUGAAGUGAUCUGAUAUAUUUAGAAAUUGUAUAAAGAAAUCUGGGAAGCCGUGCUGUGUCUUAAUAAAAGAGUGGAGAAGUAAACACAAUUUUGGACGCUGUUGAUAACAGAGGAGGACUAUCAAUUGAGACUGUUACGACCCUCAAAGACGGGUGCUGCCUCAAAAUUCGGUGUGAUUACGGGCACUAUGGGUGCUGGCUUUGGAUCAGGGAUGUAUAGACGGACUAGCAUACACAGACUGCUUUUAUACGGGCUUAUAAUAUUUCUGAUUGGUUUUCUGUUUUAUAGCCAAUACCUACCUUGUGAUACAGCUCCCAAAACUGUCAUGGUUUCUAAUGAUCAACAUCUAUUACGGGAUAGUGAAAAUAGGGCGUAUCCAUAUAAUAAAAAUAUGCCGUUGAUUUUCAUUGGGGGAAUGCCCCGUAGUGGGACUACUUUAAUGCGUGCAAUGUUAGAUGCUCACCCUGAAGUGCGAUGCGGGGAGGAAACCCGAGUGAUCCCGAGGUUAUUAGGUAUGAAAUACCAAUGGGGGAGAUCCCCGAAGGAGUCAACGAGACUCAAGGAGGCUGGGAUAACGGAUAAGGUCAUUGAUGAUGCCCUGAGUGCAUUUAUACUCGAGGUGAUUGCAAAGCAUGGUGAUCCAGCUCCUAGGCUUUGUAAUAAGGACCCAUUCACGCUCAAAUCAAUGGUGUAUCUAUCAGGACUAUUUCCAAACUCAAAAUACCUGUUUAUGAUACGAGAUGGCAGGGCUACAGUGCAUUCAAUUAUCUCCCGGAAAGUGACGAUUUCCGGGUUUAACCUCAAGGACUAUCGUAGCUGUCUUCAAAAAUGGAACCAAGCUGUAGAUAACAUGUAUAAGCAAUGUCUACAGGUUGGGCCCUCAAAAUGUAUGAUGGUGUUUUACGAACAACUGGUGCUUCAGCCUAACAAAUGGGCCAAAGAUAUCCUUCAGUUCCUUGACAUUCCAUGGCAUGAUUCAGUUAUUCACCAUGAACAGUAUAUAGGAAAACCUGGAGGGGUAUCUCUAUCAAAGACAGAGAGGUCUACAGAUCAGGUAAUCAAACCAGUGAACCUGGAUGCCUUGACCAAAUGGGUCGACUUUAUCCCAGAAGAUGUAAGAAGAGACACUAGAAUGAUUGCACCAAUGCUAGAACGUUUAGGAUACGACGUGGACCAUUUCCCGCCAGUUUACGGGGAGGCGGAAAAACAAGUUCUAGAUAAUACUAAUUCCAUUAAAGAAAAAGCUGAAUAUUGGCAUAAAAAAGAAGAAUUGAAAGCUUAUGCUAAAACCAUUGGCUUUUUAGAGAAAGCUUAUGCUAAUACCAUUGGCUUUUUAGAGAAAGCUUAUGCUAAUACCAUUGGCUUUUUAGAGAAAGCUUAUGCUAAAACCAUGGGCUUUUUAGAGAAAGCUUAUGCUAAAACCAUGGGCAUUUUAGAGAAAGCUUAUGCCAGCUAA